AUGUCAACAUCGCAAACCAAUGCUUGGCUGCGCGCGCAGCGCAAAAGUGACCUCGUUGAACUCGCUGAUAAUGUAGGCUUGAAGAACUACGAAAGCCUCAAGAAGAGCGAGCUCGAGGUCGCGCUCGAUGAGUUCAUUGCCGAACACAGCAGCCGCUUUGCCAACCGCUCCGACUUGACCCCCUACUUCAACAGCCGCUCCAAGGCUCUCGGUUCUCCUAUUAAGAAGGAAUCGUCCAAGGAUGACAGCGAUAAGCCUCUCAAGGUUGCCAAGCGCCGUGCGACCAAGGCCCUCGAAGAAUUGACCUCUGAAAGCGACGAGCGCGGUUCCUCCACUGCUGUUGCGCGUACUCCCGCUCGCAGCCUUUCUCAGGUUGCUGCUCGCAUCCCUCUGCCAGCUACUCCCGCUGAUGUUGCCAAUGCCUUUGACCGCUCGACUGUCGCUAUGCGCAAGCGCGUCACGUCCAUGUACCAGGAAACCGGCAUCACCGAGGCCUCGAAUGCUACUCGCGAGACUCUGAGCACCGUCACCAGCAUCCUGUUCGUCGUCUCUGCGUUCGAGCUUUACUUUAUUCGACCUGAGAUUCUGGCCAACCGCUAUGCCUUCACCAUUCCUGCCAUUGGCCUGCUUGGCACCUCUGACUACCCGAUUUACCUGCCUGACAUGUUCCUCAUCUUGACCUCGAGUUUCUGGUCUCCUGCGCUCACUUGGGCCUUGACCAGCGUUGUCCUCCCCAGCUUGUUUGGCUACUUCUUCAACUUGUCCGCCACCAGCCACUCUGGACCACGAACUCGGUCCAAGGCUGCGGCCAACGAUGCCGUGGUUGAUCCUCUCACCUUCAGCAUUGUCAAGGCCCUGAUUUCGUACGUCGUCUAUGGCCAGGGGGUCACCUUUGGUGGCUUCCUGUCUGAGACGUCUAUUGAGCGUCUCAACAGCGCCGUCUACGGCGGCUACAAGGGUGUCCUUGUAGGCACUGCCGUCACGGGUAUCGUGAGCAUCUACGAUGCUGUGUUGAAAAAAUAA